UCAGGGUAACGGCAUCAGUUCAAUCCUGUGACUUGAGCAAUAAUCAACAUGAACUCUUUGAUUUUUCUUACUGUUAUUGCCUUGGCAGCCACUGCUUCUGCCUCAAUUCAUGGUCUCGGUCUAGGUUAUGGACUUGGUCACGGUGCUUUUGCUCACCCUUACGCCCUCAGCCCAGUUGGUCCAUCUGGUGUUGUAACUGGAGCCGGUGCUGCUGGUCCAUCCGGAGUUGUAACUGGAGCUGGUGCAGUUGGACCAUCUGGAGUAGUUAACGGACAUGGAGCAGUAGGACCAACUGGACCCAAUGGACAUGGAGCUGUCUGGGCUGCACCAUUGGCUUUGGGAUUGGGACAUGCUGGUGCUGGUUGGGGUUACGGCGGAUGGGGACAUGGCUUAGGAGCAGGACAUUGGGGUCAUUAGUCGUCGAUAGAUUAUGGAAACAAUUUUUUAUUAUGUAUAUGAUUGAAAAUUAAAAAAAAAAUAAAACUA